CCUUCUUCUGAUCUUUGUUGCGUUGUGUAAGGUUGUCCUCUGCCAUGUGGUUGUGGGUGUUUGCCGUCCUGAGUUGUCUGUUGGUGGCACUCAUCUUGUUCUUUAUCACUGGGACGCGCUAUAAAGUGUUCAGUGAGAAGUGUCUGAGAUCACCAGGACCCCUGGUCAUCAACAGCAAGGAGAGGGAUGCCAGACUGAAGAAAGGGUUCCGUGCCGACCGGGUUCCACCGGCUCUGGAUGCGGUGGUGAUUGGCAGCGGCAUUGGAGGCUUGGCAGCCGCAGCGAUUUUAUCCAAAGCUGGGAAGAAAGUUGUAGUCCUGGAGCAGCAUGACCUUGCUGGGGGCUGCACACACACCUUCCAAAACAAGGGCUUUGAGUUUGAUGUGGGGAUCCAUUAUCUGGGCCAACUUCAUGAGAACAGCCUGCUGAGGGUCGCUCUGGAUCAGAUCACUGAGGGACAGCUGCAGUUUGUCAAACUGGAACAACAUUAUGACACUGUGCUUCUUGGACCGCCCGGCCAUUGCAGGGAGUAUCAUAUUCACGCAGGGAAAACUGAGAUGGCAGAUUCCUUGAAGAAGCAGUUUCCAGAAGAAGAGGAAGCUAUUGAUGAGUUUAUGAAACUGAUGAAGUACGCCUCUCGGAGAACUCCACUGAUUGCCAUUUUGAAGAUCCUGCCCUACCUGGUGGUAAACCUUCUGAUUUGGACUGGACUGUUGAAUAGAGUAUCUCCUGUGUUUCGCCUAGCAACAACCAGCCAUUCAGAGAUGAUGUCCCGACUCACUCAGAACAAGGACCUGCAGGCGCUCUCUGCCUACUUUUUCUACGGUGUCCCUCCUAAAGAGUCCAGCUUCCUAAUCAAUGCGCUUCUUCUCCACCACUACAAACGUGGAGCGUACUACCCGUACGGGGGGGCCGGUGAAAUUGCCUUUCACAUCGUUCCAGUCAUUCAGCAGGCAGGCGGUGAAGUGUUGGUCAGGGCGCCUGUUCAACGCAUCCUCAUCAACAGUCAGGGGAAGGCCUGUGGUGUGACGGUUCUCAAAGGACAACAAGAGAUUGAGGUCCUCGCCCCUGUUGUCAUUUCUGACGCUGGAAUCUUCAACACCUUCCAGAAAUUUCUACCUCAGCAUAUUCAGGAAAAACCAGAAAUCCAGUCACUGCUCGGCAUGCUUCGUCAUGGUAUGGGUUCCUUCUUGGUCUUUGUUGGUCUGGAUGGAACCAAGGAAGAUCUGAACAUUGUUUCUAAGAACUUCUGGAUGUAUAAAGGCAACGACUUGGACUCACUUAUGGAGGCGUACUCUUCUCUGAACAGAGAGCAGGUGGUAGGAAACAUACCCAUGAUGUUCAUCACCUUCCCAUCAGCUAAAGAUCCAACAGCCGCCAUCAGACACCCAGGUAAGUCCUGUAUGACAUUACUCACCAUGGCCCGCUAUGAGUGGUUUGAGGAUUGGAAGGAGACCAAAGUUGGCAAGAGGGGUCCAGAAUAUCUGGACCUGAAAAACAGCAUGGCUCAAGAGUUGCUGGAAUGGGCUCUUACCAUCUUCCCUCAACUUCGAGAUAAAGUGAGUCAUUGUUGGAUUCUGCAUAAAUCUGCCCUUUAA